AUGUACCGGUCACUCUAUCAAAAAGUAAUUUUUAUUCUAAUAAUUAAAAUAGUUUCAACGGGUUCUACGUUUGCCCGGCGAGCUCCACGUUAUCGUCCACCGAAACCACACUUCGAAGUAUUUCAGCCAAAAGGUCUCAUCAUUUGGAUACCCGUCGAAAACGGUAUCACGAUAUUCACAUUUCACGGUAAACUUAACCAACGUUUCGAGGAUGAUUAUGAGAUUGGUCGAUGGGCACAGACAAUUACUCGACCCAAGGACGGACGGUUCAUGAUAGCGGAUAGGAAGGCCGAACUAAAUCCAGGAGAUGUCAUUUACUACAAAACCAUUAUAACGCACAAUGGUGUAACGUAUCGUGGAAAUCACGGUGUUUAUGAAAUUAGCCGGUAUAGUGGCACGACUCCUGGGGAAAAUGGCGGAGGGAAGAAAACUACAACAGUAAGGACCACAUUGCCACCAUUUGUGUACAAAAACAACGAGCGGAGGACCAAAGGUGUAGACCCGGAUACGGAUGUGCCACUGGGACCUUUUGAAUAUGAGUCCAAAGAAUUCUAUUCGCCACCACCACUUAUUCGUACUAGAACCAUUAUGACCCAGACAAGUGAAGAGGAGUUAGAUUACAAAGAGUGCGAUAAAGCACAAACUCUAGUAAAUGGAAGGAAAGUAUGUAGUGGAAAGUUAAUAUUCGAAGAAACAUUCAAUACGGAGUUCAUAAACGGUCAAAAAUGGCGAAUUGAAAAUCGAUUCGCAUCUGAUCCGGACAAUGAGUUCGUGGUUUACGCAGAUUUCAAGGAGAACAUUCAGGUACGCAAUGGUAAAUUGUUAAUCAAACCAACGCUGUUUGAAAGCAAGUUUGGCCCUGGAACGACAAACACAAAAUUCAUGUUUGGUUCUGAAUGUACCGGAGUGCAGAAUUCACGUGAUUGCAUAAGGGAUAGAAAAAUAGAUUUUGACAUGAUCCCACCGACACUAUCAUCGCAGAUUUCCACGUAUCAUUCAUUCAAAUUCCUUUACGGAAAAAUUUUGAUCCGCGCUAAACUACCUAAAGGAGAUUGGAUAUUUCCUCAGUUGUACCUCCGCCCAAGUAACGAGUUUUACGGUCGCGAUGAAUACGCUUCUGGCCUAAUGCGGGUGGCAUUUGUUCCCGGUGGUCCAAGGCAGCGCAAUCAACUGUCCGGAGGAUUGAUUCUUAAUAACGCCGAACCACUUCGUUGUUCAAAAAUGUGCACACUAACAAGACCGCGACAGUGGAGCGAUGAUUUUCAUGAAUAUGGCCUUACGUGGAGUCCAAAAGGAAUCUAUAUGGAAGUGAACAAAGAGGUCUACUGUCACAUCGACCCAGAGGAAGGAUUUUACCGGGAAAUGAUCACAAAACCACAAAUAGCUAAUCUAUGGAAGCUGAGCGGAAAUAAAAUGGCUCCAUUCGAUAGAGAAUUUUACAUCAGUUUAGGAGUUGGUGUUGGGGGACACUACGAUUUUCAUCUGUUCCAAGAUAAACCAUGGAAGGACCUCUCCGUAAAAGCAAUGCAUUCAUUUUGGAGUGCCAGAGACAGUUGGUAUUCCACAUGGGGUAUGAAUAGUACGCUACUGGUGGAUUAUAUUAGAGUAUAUGCACUUUAAGUAAACUAGAAUAUAAACAUACAACCUGUGAUUAUUGUAGGCAUC